AUGCCGAAAGCUGCAAUGUAUUGCACAGAAGGUCUCAAGGCCGAGAAACAUGAGGCACUGAUUCAAGAGGCUGUCACUGCUGUUCAUGAGAAGAGAUACCUCAGCAUUGCAAUGGCAUGUUGUAAACUUGGUCUCACUAAGUACUAUCACACUGUGAACCAGCAUUUUCUUGGCAAGAUGAAGCCACAUGUGAAAGCCCAUAUGUGCCAGCAGCUCCUCAAUAGCUUGCAAGAGAAAGUUCUACAAAACUGGAUCAAGUGGCUCAGAGCCACUGGUAUACCACUCUCUAAGUGUACCAUUGCACCGAAAGUCGAACAGCUCUGUGGAUAA